AUGGCAACAUUAGGCUCACCUCCAUCACCGCCACCACCAGGUCCCACUGCAUCGCCGCCACCAGUCCCUGUAGAGCAGAAGAAACCUGGGCCGAAACCUUGGGCAACACCUGAGCAGUGGACAUUUCUAGAGGGGGGAGUGCCUGAAUAUCGUACCGCCCAGUCAGCCAAAGGGAAGAAUGCGGCAAUUGCUAGUUUCAUAAAAGACUUUAUGCCCAGAUUUUGGCUUGAGUUUCCGCUGGAGGGUGCCAGAUCUAAGGAUGGUGAUAUCAAGCGCAUGAGAGAAUGGUUUCAAAACCACAGGUCUGCCAAAAAGGUCGAGAACGCUGCUCGCAUUGCUGGCAUCUUUGUGAAGCCCAGGACUCGCGUGUUAAAGGUGGAAGAGGUGUAUUCAUGCAAUUACUAUGUUGAUCGCAUCAAACCGCUGGUGGAUCAGAGGAAAGUUGGUAUUAGCAGUCGAGGCGAGGUACUUAAAUUGAUUAAAGAUACGACCAAAGAGGUGUUUGAGGUGGAGAGUGAGGUGGUUCGGAACCAGGUGUUGGAAUGGACAAAGGAGCAGGUUCCGUUUGCGAUUGCUGCAGUUCCCGAUUAUCGUACUAAGGUCGCUACUCGCACUUCGGUAGACGACGCUCAGCAAGUCAAAGGCGACGCGAGUCGAUGGGACAGAUAG